CUCCUGUCACUCCAAUCGCCAUGGCAGCUCCUCAAGUCCAUCACCUCUUCCACCACCCGAUCGCCGACCACUCCUUCUCUGCCGACCGCAAGACUCUCGCCGUUGCUAGAGACAACACUGUCGAGCUGUACUCUUCCAAUGGCUCCCGCUUCGCCUUGAAUGACGAGCUGCGCGGCCACGACAAGCUCAUUACCGGUGUCGACAUUGCUCCCAACUCGGGCAAGAUAGUCACCUGCUCUCAAGACCGCAACGCAUACGUCUGGGAGCCUUCGAACGGCUCCUGGCGUCCCACUCUCGUCCUCCUCCGCAUCAACAGAGCCGCCACAUGCGUUCGAUGGUCCCCCAACGAGGCCAAGUUCGCCGUCGGAAGCGGUGCCAGAGUUGCUGCCAUCUGCUACUUUGAAGAGGAAAAUGACUGGUGGGUGUCCAAGCACCUCAAGAAGCCCCUUCGUAGCACCGUCACCAGCGUCGCAUGGCACCCCAACAGUGUCUUGGUUGCUUUGGGCAGCACCGACGGUCAUGCUCGUGUUCUCAGUGCCUUCAUCAAGGGUGUUGAUGAGAGACCGGCACCUUCGGUCUGGGGCGAGCGUCUGCCCUUCAACACCAUCUGUGGAGAGUUCUUGAACCAGACUGCUGGUAUGUUUAAUGCUCUCUCCAUCUGUUACGACACAGACAGUCGGCUAAUUUGUAACCCUUGUANNGGUUGGGUCAAGAGCGUUGCCUUCAGUCCUUCAGGAGAUGCCGUGGCCUUUGUCAGUCACGAUUCGACCAUGACCAUUGCUUACCCCGCCGGAGAAGGCCAGCCUCCUCAAGCAGUUAUCAACAUCAGCACGCAAGUCCUCCCCUUCGCCGACCUUCUUUGGAUUGCAGAGGGCGAGAUUGUUUGUGCCGGCUAUGUAANNGACUGUGAACCUUUCCGUUUCUCGGGCUCGGCAUCCGGUUGGUCGCUUGUGGGAUCGCUUGACAGCACUUCAAAGUCUGGCGCAGCAAACCAGCGUGACGAGUCUGCCCUCAACAUGUUUAGACAGAUGGACCUCCGCGGCAAGGUUAUCGACGAUACACAACUCAAGACCGUCCACCAAAACUCCAUCAGUACUGUCCGCUCAUAUGCCGGUUCUCCCGAUGCUGUCAGUCAAAUCAGUACUAGUGGUGUCGAUGGUCGUGUCGUUGUCUGGAACCUG